AUGUCCCUCUCCAUCCGGGCAUCUUCGGGGCCUCGCCAGUUCUCCUCCCGGAGCGGAUACGGAGGAGGUUCCCUUAGGCUGUCUAGCAGCAGCAGUGCAGGGAGCUUUGGAGGGGGGUUUGGCGGCGGGUCUCUGCUCAACUUUGGUAGCGGCGGUGGAUAUGGAGGAGGAGGAGGAGGAUAUGGAGGAGGCAGUGGGUUUGGUGGAGGCCUGGGUAGUGGAUAUGGUGGAGGGUUCGGUGGUGGAUAUGGUGGAGGGUUAGGAGGGGGCUACGGUGGAGGGUUAGGAGCUGGCUUUGGAGGUGGCUAUGGGGCUGGAGGAGGAGGAGGAGGAGGAGAAAGCAGCCUUCUAUCAGGUACUGAAAAGGAAACCAUGCAGAACCUGAACGACCGCCUGGCUGCCUACCUGGACAGGGUGCGUUCGCUGGAAGAAGCCAACACUGAACUGGAACGCAGGAUCCGCGAAUGGUAUGAGAAAAAUGGCCCUGGGGCUGGUGGCCCAGGGACCGGCAGAGAUUACAGUAGAUACUACCCUGUGAUUGAAGAUCUCAGGAACAAGAUCAUCAACGCGACGAUCGAAAAUGCCCGGAUUGUUCUUCAAAUUGACAAUGCAAGGCUGGCAGCUGAUGAUUUCAGGCUGAAAUUCGAGAACGAAGUGGCACUUCGCCAGAGUGUUGAGGCCGACAUUAACGGCCUCCGCAGAGUCCUAGAUGAGCUGACUUUGACCAGGGCUGACUUGGAGAUGCAGAUAGAGAAUCUGAACGAGGAGCUGGCAUACCUCAAGAAGAACCAUGAGGAAGAGCUCCAAGGACUCCAGGGCAGUGCUGGGGGGCAAGUCAGUGUGGAGAUGGAUGCUGCUCCAGGGAUUGACUUGACCAAACUCCUGAAUGACAUGAGAGCUCAGUAUGAGGCAGUCGCUGAACAGCACCGGAAAGAAGCUGAAGCCUGGUUCAACGAAAAGAGCGGAGAGCUGAAGAGAGAGAUCUCUUCAAACACCGAGCAGCUCCAGUCGGGAAAGAGCGAAAUCACGGACCUGAGACGUACGUUGCAAAGCCUGGAGAUCGAGCUGCAGUCGCAACUCGCUAUGAAAAAAUCUCUUGAAGACACCCUAGGAGAGACCGAAGCAGGCUACUGUGCCCAGCUGGCACAAAUGCAGCUUCAAAUUGGAAACCUGGAAUCCCAGCUUUUCCAGGUCCGAGCAGACAUGGAGCGGCAAAAUGUGGAAUAUCAGCAUCUCCUGGAUAUCAAGACCCGUCUCGAGAUGGAGAUUGAGACUUACCGCCGACUGCUAGAUGGCGAAAUUGGUCAGCUCACUCCUGUAGCACCCACAAGCAUGCCUUGCCUCUUGGACUCAUUUACUGACUCUUCCGGAGCAAAUCCAAACAAAACCAGGAAGAUCAAAACCAUCGUCGAAGAGGUAGUGGAUGGCAAAGUGGUUUCAUCCCAAGUUAAGGAAGUUGAAGAGAAGAUAUAAGCGAAAAGCUUCGAUUCGUUCUGCAAACGUGCGCAAU